AUGGGCUUUGAUCAAGAGUUGCUGUUUGGCGAUCUUAGUUACGAAAUUGUGGGAAGGUUGGAGCCUGUAGAGACUCGUGUUAAGAAUAACAAGCGUGGUUUAGGUUCUAAAGAACCAAAACCAAAGCCUAAGGUUGAGGAUGAUGUUGAAACAAAUCCCCAAAAGCCCAAGCAGGACAUGCCAUCAAAGAAAAGGGCAAAAUUAGCUGCAAAGAGGAUAAGAAAAAUGCAAGAAGAGGAGAAGCGCUUGAAAGAGAAGGAAUUCGAGAUGGCUUUUUUCAGGGAAUUUUGGCCUGAUAAUGUGUAA